GAGAGGUUUAUCUGUUUGUAUGGCAAGGGAAGUCAGAUGAGAGUGCGAGAGGGUUUGGAGGGGAGCCAAUAUCUGAGUUCUGAGGGCAACUUGUCCUUCUGAGGCAUUCUUCACCUAACAGAGCUUCAAUGCUGCUCCUGCUACUUCUGCUCUUCAAGAGACUUCUCUGCUAUGGAGCAAGCACAGUGGCUCCUCUGCACCUAGGAUUCCAUCAUCCAGCAUCAGAAGAGCCCCUCUCCUACUGCUUCAUCCAGAUCUCCUCCUUUGCCAACCACAGCUGGGCACAAACCCAGAGUUCAGGCUGGCUGGGCGAGGUGCAGACUGAGGUCUGGGACAGUGUCUUGGGCACCAUCUGCAUUCUGAGGCCUUGGUCCCAGGGUAACUUCAGCAAGGAAGAGUUGAAGAAUCUCCAGGCACUAUUGCAGUUGUAUUUGCAUGGUUUCACUAAGCAAAUACAGGCCUUUGCCAGUCAGUUUCAGUUUGAAUACCCCUUUGAGCUCCAGAUAUUAUCUGGCUGUCAAAUGCAUGCUGGGAAGGCCUCAGGAAGCUUCCUAUAUGGGGCAUAUCAAGGAUCAGAUUUCCUGAGUUUCCGAGGAAAUUCCUGGAAGCCAUCUCCAGGAGCAGGGAGUCAGGCUCAGAACGUCUGUAGGGUGCUCAAUCACUACCGGAUUGUUAAAGAAAUUGUGCAGAACCUUCUCAGUGACACCUGCCCUCGAUAUCUGGCAGGCCUCGUUGAAGCAGGGAAGUCAGAUCUGGAACGACAAGUGAAACCAGAGGCUUGGGUGUCCAAAGGCCCCAGUCCUGGUUCUGGCCGUCUGCUGCUGGUGUGCCAUGUCUCUGGUCUGUGGAUGCGGGGUGAGCAGGAGCAGCCAGGCACUCAGCGAGGUGACAUCCUGCCCAAUGCUGAUGGGACAUGGUGUCUCCGAGUAACCCUGGAUGUGGCGGCUGGGGAGGUGGCCGGCCUGACUUGUUGAGUGAAGCACAGCAGUCUAGGAGGCCAUGAUCUAAUCAUCCACUGGGAUGGAUACUCCAUUCUCCCGAUAUUGAUCUGUUUGACUGUAAUAAUUACCCUGGUCAUGUUGGUUGUAGUUGACUCAUGGUUUAAAAAGCAGAGCUCAAAUCAGAACGUCAUUUCUCCCCAUGAACCCAAUCCUGUAUUUUCCGUAAGAGCCAACAUUCAAGACCCCAGGAGUCCAGGACAUCAGCUCUGCUUGACACAGGAAUUGUGGAUCAAAAACAGGUUCUCGAAGAAUUGGAAAACAAGCCUAAAGCAACUCUGGUGACAUUAAUUUUACCUUACACAUAUAAUCGUCUUCUGCUUCUUCUCAAGGAUGAUUCAUACCU